GGCCCCCGCCGCCCUGCCCGGAGACCCCGCCAUGCGGCUGGAAGAACUCAAACGGCUCCAGAACACCUUGGAACAGGUCAAUGAUGGCAAAUCUUUACUUCAAAGCCAUCAGCUUGCCAUGGAUGAGGAAAAUAACAUUGAAAAAUACCCUAUCAACUUACAGCCCUUGGAAUCAAAAGUGAAAAUCAUCCAGCGCGCAUGGCGCGACUACGUGCAGCGGCACGAGGCGCCCGAGAAGCGCAGCCCCUCGCCGCCGUCCCUCGCCUCCGACAAGCUCAGCAGCUCCGUCAGCAUGAACACCUUCUCCGACAGCAGCACGCCGGUGAGUCCGGCCCUGGCGCCGCUUCUCCGGCCCCUGCGGCCACCCGCGCACCUUCCCCGGGCUKCCACAUAG